UUUAAAUCAGAAUUUUAUUUCAUCGUUUAUUGUAUGCGAAAGCAAUUAAAGAAACAACAAACUCGUUACCAUAUUCAUCAAAAGAAAAAAAAACUUCAAUGAAUACGGCAAACAAAGCCAGAAAAAAGUGGAUACUGUCGGUGCUGUAGAAUAGCAAAAAGGAUGAUAUAAAACGUGAAUCUUAUUUUGCGCGAGCAACGAGAAAAAAAAAAACAUAAAUAUACUGUACAUUUCCUUGGUGUGAACGAAAAGAACGUAACAUAAUUAAUGUGUCAAACAAAAGAGCCAACAAGUAGAAAAAUUCUUUAAACAUAAAAAAUUUCUUUUAAAAAACCGCCCGCGUUUUGGUGCUUUUUUCAAUGUAUAUGAGUGUAUGUGUUUACGAAUCUUGUGAAAACGAGUCAACAUUUUAAUUUGGAUUAAUUAGAGAGCAAGUGCACGGAUAGCUCGCUCAAAAAUAAAGAAGAAGAAAUCAUCAAGCGCACAAAAAACACGAACGACAAUAGAGAGUAUAUUUGAAUAUAUGAAGUGAAAAAAAAAGAAGAAAUCAAGAAAAAAAAACGGAUUCAUGCGUUAAGUGAAUGUUGAACGCAAAAGCAGUGUAAUUCUGGGAUCGAUGUAAUCUCUUAAUUCAAGCACAUAAUUAUAGCGGUGAAUUCAGAGUUUGCAUCUCUUUCUUGUUCCGUUUUUAUCAACAUUAUAUUUUCAACAGCAGUCGCCGUCGCCACUUUGAAAUUCUCAUGAAGUUGGUUCCCAUACACUGACCUGCAUUUAAACUGAAAGAGGUGACAUACACCGAAAAGAAGCAACAAGCUACAAAAAAAGAAGACAAUAGAAUUAUUGAAGAUAGAAAAAAAGAAACCCAGAGACACACUCAAGAUGGACACGGUUUAUGGCACAAAAAAAUAUUUCCAGAGUCUAGGCGAUAACGAUUACUACAACAGACAUUCAUCGUCGACAAAUCGCGUCAUGCAAGCAGCGUGCACAUCGUAUCAGAAUACGAUCGGACGACAUUCGACAAUUGGACCGUAUUCACAUUUAUCAGGCAAUCCGUACACAGCAAAUGGAUGUAACAAUGAUUUUAGCUACACAAAUCAAUACGGCUACAAUUCGUGGGGCCAAGGAUUGUGGCGUGAUUCACGCAAUUUAACACCAUCAUCGACAUAUUCAUCGAAAAGCCGAAGCAGCAUUAAAUCAUUUACCAUAAUUCUUAUGACAGCCGCAUUUAUUGUAAUUCUAGCCGUUCUUUCGGUUGCUGCGCUCGCAUUCUAUUUCAGCACAUUCAAGUCGGAUGAUUCUAUUAUGAUUUUUGAUGGAAAAUUCCAAGUAACUCGUGGCGAUGUGUUCACAACUGGAUUAAAAUACAAUCAUACAAAUGCCUAUCAAAAAAAAGUGGAUCACUAUCGCAAUCUAAUCACCGAAAGCUUGGAACGAAAUGGACUCACGGUAUACAAAUGUGACAUUCAUGGAUUUGGUACCGGACCACUUGUACAAGUUGAUUUUCGUGUUUUUCUUGACAUGAGAAAAGUGCCAAGAACGAUUCGCAGCGUUGAAGAGCACAUCCGUGACUCAUUACUCAAGGAAAUUAUGUCAAGCAAAUCAACAAAGGGCAUCCAAAUUGAUUUACCUACUUUGGAAAUUAAGCGAUCUUUGGAUACUGAAGUGUUAAAUUCGGCUUCAUUUGUACGCGAAAGGGUAACAACACCUUCUUCCAUUAUGUUCGAUGACAAAUCUCGCAAAGCUCCAUCGUCAACACUAAUCAGUAAACCAUCAAAAAUAACAACAUCGAAACCAAAAUCGAAAUUGGAUAUUGUUGAAGCCGAAAUCGACAUUGAAAACACUCCAAUUCUGCAAGGUUCGUUUGAAGUGACAAAAACGGAUGCCGAUAUUACAGAGAAAAAAAUACGAACAUCAACUCUUAAGCCGUUUACCAUUACAAACGGAUCGGUUCGAAUGAAACCGAAAAAAACGACCGUCGAAAAAGUGAAACCAUUACCAAAAGUACCCGAAAAUUUAACGGCAAACAUCAUGAAAAUUGAAAAUGUUACAAAAGCAUUCCAUUUUGAGAAAGUAACAACACCACGGCCAACAAUUACAACCGAAGAAAUUCCAACAUCAGCUAUUGAAAUUGAAGUUCGUCCGAGCACCGAAGCAUCAACAACGACAACAACUACUACAACAACAAAGGCACCAACUACACCACUUCCACAAAAAGAAGUUAGCAGCACUACAACCACCACUGAAGUGAACACUCCAUCGGUUGUUCUGCCAAGUGAACCACCACCAUCGCCACCACAGAAAUCGGUUGAAGAUUUGUCAACACUCGAAGGUGAAAUUUUGUCAUCACAAAAUACAAAGAAAAAUUUCACCAAUUUAUUCCCAAGUGCACCCGUUCUUGACGAUCAGCCCUGGCUGCCGAUUGCACCGAAUGCAAAAAUCGAUCACAAUUUAAAUGAUGCCAAAAAGAAAAUUCACAACUCACUCAAUCCACCAGUUGUUCCAUCGAACUACAAUGCUGAUUCGAUUGGCAUGCAAUUACUACCUCGGAAUAAAAUGCGAAAUCCAAUUCCAAGUUCAGUGCAAAAAACAAGCCGUCCGCCCGUUUAUCACAGCUUCAAUAAUCCAGCAUUGAUGUAUGGACUGCACGAAGUGGAGAAGUUGGGCUUGGGCGUUGGUUUCAAAUACCCGUUGCCAGUGGAUUUAAUUGGUGAACAAUCCAACAAAAAAGAUGAUCUAAUUUUGAACAGAGGUGAAGUACUUCCAUCGAUUAAAGAGACACCGAUAUUAAAUGUUGAAACAACAACGGUAAAAAUGACAACGACACCGGUUUAUGAAAAGGCCAACGAAAGCAAAACAAAUGAAACAAUCACAUUGAAUAUGGAGGAAACCACUGACCGAGCCAAAAAUAAGACCGAAUUGGGAAUUGAUGAUGAAAUCACCAAUCAACAAGUUGGCGAAAUUCUUUUGGAUCUAUUGAAAGACAGCAAUGUUAAAUUGAAUGAAACUAACUCUGACGAUCUGAUCAUGCAAUCACGAACCGAUGAACUGGAAUUACACGAAUCGAAAAAAUCUGAAGUGGAAAAUCAAACGGAAAAGGUCAAUUUGAGCGACGAUGAAGUCGAUCACACUGAAGCAUUUGAUGAAAUUGCAACCGUUUUAUCUUCAAUGGAAACAUUAUCAUUUAAGAAUAUCAAAGACUACAUAAUGGCGACCACGAAAUCCAUCACAAAAGACAUACUCGCAACAUCAACGGAACGCGAUCAAACUACGCCAAGACGUGAGAAACCACAAAAUACCAUUGAUCCAAUGGUGAAGUCCGAUCGUAUUUCGUUAAUUGCACCAACGACACCGGCCAAUUUGAUAAAACCAAUGACACAGUCCACAAGUGGUGGCACAACGGCAUCGACCUCAGUCCAUAAUCAGGAUGUAGACCCAGAGGCCGCAACAGCAUCGUACGUUGAAGUUGAAACCGUUCAAUACACACCUGGCGCUUCGGCAACAUGGACACCCGGCUUAUUUCCCGUUCAAUCAAAAUGGGAAUACGUAAAUGGAACAUUAGUGUAUCCAAGUGUCGCACCAAUGAGAAAGAUUUUUAAUGAAACAUUACAAGCGUGGAUCAUUGAAAAUCCAACCGAAGCAACGGAACGAUUGCCACCAACUGAAUUAGUUCGAAAUACAUCGGAACCGAUCAAAAAUAUUUCAGCCAUAUUCGAUACAUUGGCAUCAAAAUUGAAUAUGAAUUCAAUGGACACGGUGAGAAUGCCACCGUUUAUGGCACAUUUUUCGGCAAACAAACUUAAGAAUGAACAUCAUCCACUCGCUGAUUAUUUAACAUCGACAACAAAGAGAUCUGUACCACAAACAACAAUACUACCAGCCUCAUCAAGCGCAUCAACGCCCGAAGAUGAACUGCCGAUUUUACUCAAUCAAAAUACCGAAAGCUAUUAUGGUUCUAGUGCUGAAACGUUAAUCGGUCAAGCCGAAGUUGAAGAAGUCGAUCCAACACAAUACGAACAAAUGCUUUUAAUCGAUAAAGUUUCGGCAGCACUUCAUCCCAGCAGCACUGUACCGUCUUUAGUCACAUUGAUGCCGGUCAAAUCGAAUUCAGGCAUCCGAAACGGAUUCAUAAACGACAAAGCAAAGGGAAGCGGACGAGGCUUUCCACCAACAUCACAGUCAACGUCCAAUCGGCGCCGCUUUGAAGACGCCUCAUUUGUUGUCCGAACCAGUAUGAAUAUUAGCUCUUAAGAUUAACUACUAAGGGGAAAAAAAGUAAAAAAAAAAAUAUUUUUUUAGAGAUACUCAUUGACCCAAACGAUUUAUGAGAAUUUAGACAUGAUUUAGCUGCACAAAAGAAUUAAAGAAAAGAAAAACACGUUUUAGUUGGUUAACAAUGUGAUCCAAAGAACGAAACACUCAAAAGAGCACUAGAAAUGUUUACGCUAUACACUUAUUCUCUCAACGCAAAUUAUUUAUUGAUCGAAUCCGGCUCGUCUGUCGGCCUACACACAUUGACAUUUUAGAUAUAAAUUCUUCAUUGCAUCGAAAUAUUAAAUUUCAUUCAAGACAAAAAAAAACUGUUUUGCAUUCAAGAACAAAACAAAUCCGAAGUGGCGAGAAAGUUCUUGAACAACCGAAGAAAAUAGGCUUAAAUAAAAAAAAACUCCAUUUGCAAAUCGAAAACGACAAUUCAGUCAGCAUAUUCAAAGAAAAAAAACUUCGUUGCAGAAUGUUUGGAACAGAGUUUGAUUGGAAACCAUAAACUUUCAUUCGUUUUGUCGUAAUUGUUUUAAGUUAUUUUUUUGGUAAGAACUGCGUAAAAAUUACUGUAAAAGCAAGAAGAAAACAUAGGAAAAGGCCAAACAAGUUAAAUUAGUUGAAAAGUUCCAUUAGGUAUCCUGGUAAUUUUUGCAUUGAAAAUGAAUUUUUGCAAGUUUAUAUGUAUUCGGUUGUGAUUGUUCAUUGCCCAUUGAGUGAGCGAACAACCGAAAUAUAAACAAACAGGAAGCGGAAGUUCCAAAAAAGGGAACCAACUUAAAAUUGGAGGUCAACAUUAUCAACAAUUUAUAUACGGAAUUUGGUAUGCAGGCACACUUUCGUGCCGUUCAAAUGAUUACCGUAUUGCCGCAUUGAGUUCAUUUUUCAAAUUUCGGGCUCUGAACCAAAAAACGAAACAGGAAAAAGCGACGAAAAAAAAACGCACUCGCUCGGAAACUCACUUCACUGUGUGAAUACAAAUUGAAUUAUGGAUAAAGUCGGGAAAAGUUUUUGGUUUUGCUGAUUGAACUGGCAAUUCGUCGAAUGAAGAAAAUCAAAGCUACACCCGUACAUUCAUGCUAUCAUAGAUUUAAAUGGUAUGCGUUGCUGCAUCGGUUUGACAGUAUAGUAAAAGAUUACACUUUGAAAUUAGUUUCAAUUAUUUAGAUGAGAGAGAAAAAAAAGUGAGCAAAAUCGAAAGUCGGCAAGAGCUAAGAAUGAAUGAUAAACGAGUAAAAAAAAGCAUAUACAAAGCGAUUCCACUUGGUUUUAACGAAAUUGAUAAUUCAUGCUCAUUUUUCACAGUGAAUGUAAGGCGUUACGUGUAUCGUCGAUUCGGCGAUAUAAAACCGCAACAACAACAACUGACAGUAAUAAAUUGCUACGAAAUAAAAGAUUUCCAAGUUUGAAAAAGUAGUUAAAGAUGAUAGAAAAUCCACCUUGAUAUCAAUUUAUAUUUAGAUGUGUGUUCUCUUUAUAUUUUCGUCAAUUUGUUGGCGUUGCUGUUAUUUUUAUAUGCCGGAAAAUCGUUUUACUUCAGUCUGUAUAUGCCAUUUCGUUUACGAUGUUAUACACAUUAAAUGCACAACAUUCCAGGUAAAUUACAUUUCUAUUCUUCCGCCGCAGCUCGACAUCAUUCAUAGCGACGCAUUCCCAUCUCUCAUUUAUACCUCAUAGUCCGUUCCACAUUGUUUUUCAUAGCGUUGCAAAUAAAUAUAACACACAGUAUGUUUAACAGUAAAAAGAAAAGUUUUUGCAAGCAGCGAUUUUAUUUUCACGCAAAACUUAUUGGAUUUGCUGGCUAAAUGAACGAAAAACAAAAACAGCAACAACAAAAAACAAUUGCUAAACACCCAGGAUUGCUGACGCGCCCACCCUCUUUCUCACACACAUGCUCACAUUUCAUUCUGGAGACGACGACGACGACGGAUGUGCGAUACCAGAGAAUUUAUUCCAUUUAUUUAUAAAACAUAUUCUACUUCUCAACACCUCACAUCUCUGCCGGUUGCGUCCAUAAAAUCUCGCUGAAAAUCAUAUACUGAAAUAAGAGAAUCAAGCCUCGAAAUGAAUGUGUGUGUUUUCAAAAGUGUUUUCCGUUUUGUUUUGUUGUGGAUGUUUGUUGUUUGUUUCGGUGCCUAUAUAUUUGUGUAUGUUUGCUUCAAAGUAACGAUAGUAUCAUACAGUUAUCUCAAGCAUAUAAUUCAUCCCACUUAAUGCGAUCCGCUUUUAAAUUACUAGGAAUAGUAGUAGAUUACGAGACUACUGUGGGAACAUGUGUGUGCGCGUGCAAAAGAGUGAGAAACAAAAAUAAAAAAAAUCUAGUGCGAAAUAUGCAGUAUACGCAAUAUUCCAUAGAUUUUCUAGUAUGUGUCUCGUGCACCCUGCCAUUCAUUUGAUUAUAUUCAGUUGAGAUGAAUUCCGUUGCCUUUGAACUCGUUGAGUUGUUUAUGCUUAUGACUGUGUGUAUUGCACACUGUGCAUAUUGACAUAUCCCAUGAGACACUUCGGAUUUAGCACAUACGUUGGUGUACGUUUUUUGUCUCAACUUCAGUACUUAGUGCCUUCUAUUCUCUCCUUCUUGCCAUCAUUAUCGUCGUCGUAGUUGUCGUUGUCGGAAAUGCAGUAGUGUUUCUCGUUCUGUCUUAACAUUCAUUCAUGUUUUCAACGAUCUUGAUGUAAACGACGUCGCGUAAAAAAAAAGAAAAACGGGAAAAAUUGCACGACAUUAAGUUAUUUAGCAAUGAAAAGAACCGACGAAAGAGUAAAUUGCAAGUCCUUUGAAUUGAACAGACAACAGAACCAUUGUACAUGUGCAUUGUUUCAAAAGUUGUAUGCAGAUAACCUGAGCGCAUACUUGCUCAAUCGUUUGUAGCAAAAGACUACUGAAUAUAAAGUAAAGAUAUAGUUAUGUCGUUGUCGUUGCAAACACACUCGCUCGUGUACUUUAUUCGUUAAUAAUUCAAUUGAAUGAAGUCGACGCAAACAUAAUUCUAUGCAGUGCUAUCCAAAUUACAACCGUACGGCUCAAAACUGUUCCGAUUCAUUAAAAUGAGCGCAUUUAACUUGGUAUCUUCAUUACCACUGUCACAAUUCUACCUGUCGAAUUGCGCCUGUGUCUAUUCCAUUGAAGUAAAAGCGCUCGCACACACUACCCUUUUUUCUAUACAAACCUUCGCUUCGAAUUGCUUGACUCACGAUAAUUUCAAGUGGUUGCAGUUUACCUUUGUCUUUUCGCCUUAAUGUAAAGACUUUUUUUUGUGCAUGUAGGCAAGGUUCAACAAAGCAGUCUUUGCUGUUAUCCUUAAUUUUAAACUCGUUCCCUUUCUCUAUCUGUCUUGUUUUAAAUUGCGUCACACAGCUUGACGCUAUUCACUUCGUUUUUGGUAUUCGGGUCCAAUAAAAGGAAAUGCCAACGUUGAAUUGCGAUUUCAUUCAACCAUUUUGUAUAUAAAUGUUAAAAGCAAUUUAGAAAUCCACGUAAAUUAAUAUCAAACUUUUAUCCACAGCUAAUUGACUUCUGGUCAUUUGUAGCACUUCGUUUGCUUGAAUGCUGCCAUUUCAACGAAAUUUGUGAAUUCCAUUCAACUGUGAUUCUAUACAAUUUGCCUGUGUUGUGAAAAUGAUGCGGCACAGAAAUGUUGUUCGCUCGUUUGUUUGUUACGAAAUCCUUUAAUUUCUAUUCUUGAAGGUGUUUCAAAUCGAUUUCAAACGCCAAAGGUUGUUGCUCACACACAUACAAACAAAAAUACACCGUUGAACUUUAUUUUCAUACUAAUUGAUCCAUUACCAUUUAUUUUCGGGGGAGUCAUUUCGAACAGAAACAACUUGAUUCCAAAAAUAUAAUCAGUUAUGGCCUAUAAUUUGAACAUUUUCGCGCAAAAUAAAUGUGCCGCAAUAAAAAAUGUUUACGUCAAGUGCUACGAACUUAUUCGUAUGCAUAGCGCGUAAAAAUUAAGUUAUUAUUUUGUCAUAAUUAUUAUUUAUGUGAUUUCACAUAUAUUUUUUUGGUUCGUUUCUCAUGUUGAUUAUUCAUAACAUAAUUUUUGAGUAUGUGUGUAUGCGUUUGCAAGCGCUUAUGUUCAUCGGGUCGGAAGUUGGACAUAAUAGCCAAUCAGAAUGGAAUAAACGGCUAUAAAGAAUCCUUAUAUGUAUGUAAGCAUAAUGCUAAUUUAAUAAAGUUAUUAAUUGAAGAGAACGACAACAUUAAAACCCGAACACGAACGGAUGGAUGAACGAAUACACGAAAAAAAAACCUGCGUACACGGCUCACCACUAAAGGACGUUAAACCGAAUGGCGCGCAGAAAAUGGUAUAAUUUUCGGUACACAACUGGAUAAUAUUCAUUGGAUGUGUUUCUCAUUGCGGUGGCUCUGGCUAUUUUCAAAUGAAAAUAAAAAUGCUCUGUUGUGGCUGAUGCCUUUGAAAUGAAUUCAAUUAUAAUUGUAUGUUUGCGCGCGACCAGGAUCAUUGUCAACAUCACACUCAUUAGUAUUCAAAAACAAUUACCUUUUAAGCGCGCGAGAAACUUUUUUUUUUCAUUGUCCUCAUUUUCUCAUUCUCUACCCACGUUUUUCCGUUGAGAUUUUCCAUUUUUGUUCUUUUAUCCGGUUUAUUUCUUCGGCUGUGGCACUUUAGCUAAACAUUUUCAGCUUUCUUGCUGAUAGUACGCAAUUGAUAUGUAGCAUGAAGUUAGAUUCGCACAACUUUGAUAUUUGUUUUCGAAUUCAGUCGCUCUAAAAAUCAAUAAACGGAAUUUUGCAAUUGUUCCGCAUUAAAAUGUCGUAACAAUGAAAUUUAAGACGUAAAUUAACCACAUAUUAAAUUAAAUAUUUGUGUUCAAAUGUUUCGAUCACCGAAUGAAAAUGAUAAAUUAAAGGCUCACUUUGGAAUGCAUAUUACGAUCGUAAAAAAGCGAGAAAGAGUGAAAGAGAUGCAUGAGAUGUGAUUAAAAUCCCACCAAAAUCAAAGCAUCAGACCGACACUUGAAAACUUCUCACUGUGUCUGAACUACGCAUCCCACAUUUGCCACAUUUCUUUGGUUUUCUGUUUCGUUGAGUUUCUCUUGCAGUAUUCAUUCAAAUGCAAGUGAAUUUCGUGUAUAUUUUACUUAUAUGCGCAUUUAAUUACUCGCUUCAUGACACUCGCAUCUAUCAUGCGAAAAUUUAUAAUUUCAAUUCAAAGAAAUUGAUGAUAAUCAUAUUAGAUUACUUCCACUUGUAAAAUCUUUCACUCUAUCUCACUGUGGGUAUGGCAUGACAUUUGAAUGGUUUGCACUAUACAGAGAUGCUUGAUGGCUUAGCGAUGCAAACACACACAUACACACUCACAUAUACAAUGUCAAGUUGUGAUUUCAAUCAGACAGAGAUCGGGUAGGAGUGAACGAGAACGAAUGAGCAUGGCUUCAUUAAAAUGUCGUUUAUCGUUACCACAGCGACACCUUCUAAUGUACGCAUAUCAACAGAUCCACAAUUCACCUCAAAUUUCUCAUAAUUACGAGUGCCACAUUUGCACGCAGCCACCGUACAUAGACAGCGCGUCGAGAAUAGAUUCAAGUCGAGAGAAUAAAAAAGAAAAGAAGAGAGAAACAGUUAAACGAACGUGAAGUGGUAAUUAGUGCAAAUUAUAAUGAUUAUAUUUCAUUUCACUGCUACGCAAUUUGGUAUUUUUAUGAGCAAUCGCGCGCAUUCGAGUCGAAUGCGUUUGCCUCUUUCAUUCAUUUUUGUUGUUGCUUUCUCAAAUUUAUCUGAAAUACGGUUCAAAGAUUUACGAUUUUCGAAAUGUAUCGAUUUCGUUAAAGUGGCAAGGCGAAUGUUAUACGUGACGACCGAAAACGCCAAUUACUCAUCUCGUUUCGUCUGGUUUUACAUUUAAAAUGGAAAAUUAUUAUGAAAAUGUGGUUCAUUAAUACGUGAUGCAUUGGAAAAUUAUAUGAAAUGUAUGGCAUGUAUAUGAGUGUGACGAAGCGCUUUGGAAAAUAUGAAAAUAUCAAAAUAAAGCCCACACAUUAUAAUUCACACUUGAAUGGAAAUUUAUUGGUGUCUGGAUAUGACGGUGUGAUAUCAAGAGACGACGAUCAAAACUACCAAUCAUCGAUUUUAUAUCAUAAAUGUAUAAAUUCUUGUGAACGUACCCGCAGUCCCGCAUACACACCCGUUUCGAUAUUUCCAUCUUCUUUUGCGCCGGAUUUUGCUUAUUCAUGCGAAAGUUUAUUUUUCAAUUUAAACAACAAUGGACCGCAGGCGAUACAACUGAAAAUUGUAAACUAUAAACUAUUUGAAUUUGUAUCGAUGAAACGGCUACAGGCGAGCAUUUUCUCUAUCCAUCUCUUUCUUUCUCGCAGAUCGAAAUUAAUAUACAAACAAAGAUAAGGAGAGAAGAGGAGAUCUAGAGUGAGAGAAAGAGAUUUAUUAGCUGUUAAAAUACAAUAAUUUCACAUAUCCCAAAAUAACAAGCCUGGGCUUUAUUACGGGCCCCCAUUCGGCAUUCAAACAUUGGCUCACCCCAAGAAUAGUAUCAUAUACAUAAGUGUCUAUUAAUUUAUUGCAUUUAUUGAAUUGAAUAUCAUAGGUAUAGAGUAAAAGAGAUUAUAAUAGUAGCAAUCUACCCGCAUGAAAAGUCAAAUAGAUGAUUUGAAAACUUCAAUCGGCUAUCGAUUUGAAAAUCAAACGAAAUUGAAAUCGAUGAAGAGUUUUCCGUGUGUUUUGUGCACAAUCACAUACACACGCGCACACAUAAAUAUUUUAUAUCGAAACCACUAACCGAGUAGCAGCAGCUUUAAGCAGAAUAACACAUAUAUUCCCGAUUGUUAGAGACGAUGUAGCAACAGAUAAGAGAAACAUUUUCCAUUUAGUACGUAAUGUUUAAUUUAUUAAUUAAAAUUAUUAGAUAUCCAAUAGAAUAGUAGUAGUUUCAAGUAUUUGGAGUGAAUUUAUUGCGUUACACAAUUGCAUCUUUAGAUUGUACAUUGCAUUUAAGUAAGUUAUUGCAUUAGUUUGGUAAGUGUAAUUUUGUACUGUGUCUCGCAAAUGAAAAGUCGACGGAAAUUAUAAUAAGUUUCACUGUAAACAAAUUCUAACAAUAAA